CCUGCACCUGCCUGCCCUCCCUUUUGAAAUGCAACUACUACUACGACUCCCUCCCAACCGUGGCACGUACGCCUCGUUCUCACUGACACAUGGGCCCCGAAACACAGGCCCCCACCUGCGGAUCCAACCACUGCACUCACUGCGCUCCGCUCACUCCGAGCUGAGCUCGAUCGUUUCCUUUUGUUGGUUUGCCCGCGUCCAAUUUAAGGCGAUUUAAUGCGCCAGCGCAGCGACGAGGAGCAGCAGUGUGCAUCAAUGGCAUUGGCAGCCAUGGCCGGAUCCAUCUGAGCUCACUCCCACAUCCGCCGUCUUCUACAUCCAUCCUUCCCCGGCCAGCUCCUCCGCCCAUCUUCUCCGCCAUUUCUUUCUUUCCUGGAAGGAAGGAAGGAAGCAGGGACCCGACCGGAGAGAGAGAGAGAGAUUUUCGUUCUGUUUUGUUUCUUCCUCCCCCAUCUCCCCUCCCCUUUUGGUCUGUCUCUCUCUCUCUGGGUAAUGGCGGCAGCGCUGCUAGCUGCUGCUGUCUGGUAACAGUACUGCCAGUACUGUCUCGACGUGUUGACUUCUCUGCUCCGCCAUUGAUUUUCGAGAUAGAUCCGAGCCAGCCAGGGGAGCGCUCUGAAUUCAAAUCCACACGCCGUCGCGGUGCUUGGAUUUGCUCCUUUCUCUCCCGCACAAGCACAAUCACUUUCCCCCUUUCACCAUGCUCCUCCAUUGCUAGCUAGCGAGCCCAUCUUUCUUUCUCUGGUCCAGGUCGUCCACGUAGGGAGGCCAUGGUGGCCGAGCCGCUGGUGCACAAGGUGCUCGCCAUGGCCACGGCCACCCUCUCCAACAAGAAGGCCGGCAGGAAGGGGGACAAGGACGGCGCCAGCGGCAGGGUCGGCAUCCUGUCCUUCGAGCUGGCCAACGCCAUGUCGCGCGCCGCCAGCCUCCACCGCUCGCUCUCCGCCGCCGAGGCUGCACGCCUGCUCGGCCCGCUCUGCCUCGGCUCCCACGCCGUCCGCGCGCUCGUCCCGGGCGACGACGCGCGCCUCCUCGCCCUCGCGCUCGCCGAGAAGCUCGACGCGCUCAACCGCGUCGCCGCCGUCGCCGCGCGCCUCGGCCGCCGCUGCGCCGCCCCGGCGCUCCAGGGCUUCGACCACGUCUACGCCGACCUCCUCGCCGGCCGCUCCCCUCCCUCGGCCUACCCCUUCUUCGCCCCCGCGUCUCACUCCGAGGCGGCGCUCCUCCGGCAGCUCGACCGGCUCGCGGCCGCCACGGCCGCGCUCUACGCCGAGCUGGACGCGCUCGCCGACCUCGAGGAGUCGGCCCGCAAGCUCCCCACCGACGAGGCCCGCCGCGCGCUCCUGCAGCGCGCCCGCUGGCGGCGCCAGGACGCGCGCCGCCUCCGCGACGCUUCGCUCUGGGGCUGGACCUACGACAAGGCCGUGCUCCUGCUCGCGCGCGCCGUCUGCGCCGUCUACCACCGCAUCUGCCUCGUCUUCGGCGACCCCAUGCGCGGGCUCGACCUCCUCCUUGUUUGCGACCACAAGGACCGAGAGCGCCACCAGAGCAGCCAAUGCCACGACGACCAGAACAGCCGGCAGCUCUUCUCCGGCCCGGUCACCUCCGCCAAGUCGGGGCCGAUUAUCGACAGGGUCGCCGCCGACGCGGACCCGCCACAUCCCAGUCGGCUCCGGUCGAACUGCGGGGGGAACAUGUUCAUGGAGUGCCUGAGCCUGAGCAGCUCGGCGGCAUGGAAAGACGACGACGGGCUGGACGAGGACGACGAGUCCUUCUUCUCCGGGGACGCCAGCAGCUGCAUCAGCGCGAUCAGGUCAGGGAUUCUGGUGGCGCCGCCGUCCAGCGGCGGCGAAGAGCAUGAAGCAGCCAAGAACGGCGCCGGGAGCAGAAGAAGGAGGUCUCACUCCCACCGGCGGUUCGGGCCGAAGAGCACGGUGACCUCGCUGGCCCCGGCGUCGACCGUGGGCGGGUCGGCGCUGGCAUCACACUACGCCAACAUCAUCAUGAUCGUGGAGAAGCUGCUGCAGUACCCGCACCUGGUGGGCUCGGAGGCGCGUGACGACCUCUACGGGAUGCUGCCGUCGAGCCUCCGGUCGUCGCUCCGAAAACACCUCCCGAGGAACCUGGGCAUCUACGACGCCUUCCUGGCGCACGACUGGCGGGAGGCGCUGGAGAAGACGCUGGCCUGGCUGGCCCCCAUGGCGCACAACAUGAUGCGGUGGCAGGCCGACCGGAGCUUCGAGCAGCAGCAGAUGGAGGCGGUGCAGCUCAGGGGCGGCGGCAAUGGCAAUGUCAAUGUGCUGCUGCUGCAGACCUUGUAUUUUGCCGACCGGGACAAGACGGAGGCGGUGCUCUGCGAGCUGCUCGUGGGGCUCAACUACAUCUGCCGCUACGAGCAGCAGCAGAGCGCGCUGCUCGACUGCUCCAGCAGCGUCGACUUCGACGACUGCACCGUGGAGCAGUGGCACGCCACCAUGCAUCAGUAGCAAGCAGCUAGCAAGGUUUUUCGUUCUCCUUGAUGAUUUCUUUCUUUUUGUUUGUAAGUAGUGUGAGAAAACAAGCAAGCAAACAGAGGGUAGUGCUAGUAGUGGUUACUUGUGUUUUGGUUUGGGUUUCUCUGUCUUUCAUUUUUGUGCAUGCAUGGGUUCAGGGAUGAGAUGAGAUCAUCUAUCCAUUCACGAUCAAUGAAUGAAUGAAUGAAUAUAGGAUUGCCUCAUGAAAUGUGUGACAGAUUCAUGGUUGAAAUCAGGCCUCAAUGCAGAAAAUAGAGGAGGUGAAUUUAUCCAAACUGUUUGUUACUGGUUGUACAUAUGUCUCCCAAUCUAAUUAUUUUAAUAUACUA